AAGACAUAUGGGGACCCUUUUUCUUCGUACCAUUUCAUAUAAUUCAUAUAAUUCAUAUAUCACUCCAUAUACAUAAACAAUCAGUGAGAUAAGUCUCACAGUUCUAUCACUCACGAGAUUCAACCUCAAAACUUUUCCUUGUCUCCGUUUUGAAUUGACUCUCACCUUUCUCGCAUUUUUUAUUAUCCUUUUUUGUUUUCCGUACAUUUAAAUCUGUGAUCUAUCUACAUGUGUGCAACAAGGUUAGAAAUCUUUUUUAGAUUCUUAGACUCAUUCGCGUUCUUCUCAACUCCAAUCCACCAUACAACCCAAGAAAAAUCCACAGCCACCAUUUAAAAGAAAAGGCCUUGGUCUUCAAUUUUUGCAAUACAUCCAAUUUGGCGAAACUCACCGACCCAAUUGAAGACCCAUUCCAAAGUUUGCUUCUUUGAGCAUCAACAUUAACAAGAAGCUCAAAACCUCAAAAGGGCACAAAAAGCAUUAAAACGGUCGAAAAGAAACAGAGCAUGAGAGAGAACAACGUUGUGAUCACGAGGCAAGAGAAUUACGGAUCGGGGCAUUCUCGUCAUUACAAGGACGCAAUCUGGUGGCCGUUCAUGAAAUCGCUGUCGAGAUCCUCCGCGGUUAUCGCCUUCUCCGUCGUGCUCAUCGUCGGCGCGUUGGUUUACACGCGCACGCUCGACACACAUCCCAUAAUUUCGGGAGGUUCAUCGACGAAAUCAGCACUGGGCACAUCCACAUACCAAGUGUUCCGCGCGCAAAUAGAAACCCCAGUGAACUGCAGCGCGUACAACCACACCCGAACAUGCCCCAGAAACGGCGGGCACGAAAAGGGGAGCGAGGAGAGGGUCGGAGCGAGCGCCACGUGUCCGGAGUACUUCCGGUGGAUCGACGAGGACCUGCGGGCGUGGGCGCGUACCGGAAUAACGCGGGAGAUGGUGGAGCGGGCGAGGGCGACGGCGAACUUCAGGGUGGUGAUCCUGAACGGGAGGGCGUAUUUGGAGACCUACGAGAAGGCGUUUCAGACGAGGGACGUUUUCACGCUCUGGGGGAUUCUGCAGAUGCUCAGAAGGUACCCUGGGAUGCUUCCCGAUUUCGAGCUCAUGUUUGAUUGCGUCGAUUGGCCCGUCGUCUCCGCCGAUCGCUACGCCGGCCCCAAUGCCGGGCCCCCGCCCCCUCUCUUCCGCUACUGUGGGAAUGAUGACACAUUGGACAUUGUCUUCCCUGAUUGGUCUUACUGGGGAUGGCCUGAGGUUAACAUAAAGCCAUGGGAGAUUUUGUUGGGAGAGUUGAAAGAAGGCACCAAGAGGAUACCAUGGCUGAACAGAGAGCCGUAUGCUUACUGGAAAGGUAAUCCAACAGUUGCUGAAACAAGGCAGGAUCUCAUGAAAUGCAAUGUUUCUGACAAACAAGAAUGGAAUGCUCGUUUGUAUGCUCAGGAUUGGGGACGAGAAUCACAAGAAGGGUACAAGAAAUCAGACUUGGCAAGCCAAUGCACUCACAGAUAUAAAGUGUACAUUGAAGGUUCUGCUUGGUCAGUGAGUGAAAAAUACAUUCUGUCAUGUGACUCUGUCACUUUACUUGUAAAACCCCAUUACUAUGAUUUUUUCACAAGAGGGCUGAUUCCGACCCACCACUAUUGGCCCAUAAAGGAAGAUGACAAGUGCAGGUCCAUUAAGUUUGCUGUGGAUUGGGGUAACAAUCACAAGCAAGAGGCACAAAAUAUUGGCAAGGCAGCAAGUGAUUUCGUUCAAGAAGAGCUAAAGAUGGAUUACGUGUACGACUACAUGUUUCAUCUCUUAAAUUCAUAUGCUAAACUGUUCAAAUACAAACCCUCUAUAGGUGUUAAUGCUACUGAACUAUGUGUGGAGUCUAUGGUUUGUGGAGCAGAGGGAACAGUAAAGAAAUUUAUGAUGGAAUCAUUGGUGAAGGGUCCUUCAAACACCAGCCCUUGCACCAUGCCUCCCCCUUACGACCCUCCAUCUUUGCAAGCGCACUUAAAGAGGAAGGAAGAUUCAAUUCAACAAGUUGAAUCAUGGGAAAAAAGUUACUGGGAAAAGCAAAAUAGGAAAUCUUAAUGUAUAUUUUUCCCAUGUUCAAAUGACCAUAUGCAUUCUUAGAAUAUUGUCCCUCUUCCACAUACAUAUAGGGUUCUCUAAUUAGGGGGAUACAAAUAGAAUCUAGAUUACCUUGUACUUGGCUAAAUAAGCCCUUAUCCUCCUCUUGUACGAAUUGAGUUUUAGAUUUUGCGGAAAAAAAAUUGUUUGUUAA